UCCUCCGCACCGGCAGGGGGCGUCCCCGCGGCGGGCAGGGCCGGGUCGGACCGGCGGCGCGAGAGGCGGCCAUGGCUGUGCUGCUGGAAACCACGCUGGGCGAUCUGGUGAUCGACCUCUACACGGAGGAGCGGCCCCGCGCUUGCCUGAAUUUUCUGAAGCUCUGCAAGAUCAAGUACUACAACUACUGUCUUAUUUAUAAUGUGCAGAGAGACUUUAUCAUACAGACGGGUGACCCCAUGGGAACUGGCCGUGGAGGUGAAUCUAUAUUUUGUAAACUGUAUGGUGAUCAAGCUAGAUUUUUUGAGGCAGAAAAAGUGCCAAGAAUUAAGCACAAGAAAAAAGGAACGGUGUCAAUGGUGAACAACGGCAGCGAUAUGCAUGGAUCACAGUUUCUUAUUACAACAGGGGAAAACCUGGAUUAUCUGGAUGGUGUGCAUACAGUAUUUGGAGAAGUGACUGAAGGCAUGGAUGUAUUGAAGACAAUUAAUGAAACCUUUGUGGAUAAAGAUUUUAUCCCGUAUCAAGAUAUCAGGAUAAAUCAUACAGUAAUUCUGGAUGAUCCGUUUGAUGAUCCACCUGGUUUGCCCAUUCCUGAUCGCUCACCAGAGCCUACUAAGGAACAGCUCGAUAGUGGAAGAAUAGGAGCAGAUGAAGAAAUUGAUGACAUGAAAGGACGGUCUGCAGAUGAAAUAGAAGAAGUUCAGGCAGAAAAAGAGGCAAAAACUCGUGCCAUUCUUCUGGAAAUGGUGGGAGACUUACCAGAUGCAGAAGUCAAGCCACCAGAAAAUGUGCUGUUUGUUUGUAAACUGAAUCCCGUGACCACAGAUGAAGACCUAGAAAUAAUAUUUUCCCGAUUUGGUCCAAUUAAAAGCUGCGAAGUGAUUCGAGACUGGAAGACUGGUGAAUCUCUUUGUUAUGCUUUCAUUGAGUUUGAAAAGGAGGAAGACUGUGAGAAAGCCUAUUUCAAAAUGGACAACGUGCUGAUAGAUGACAGACGGAUACAUGUGGAUUUUAGCCAGUCUGUUGCAAAGAUUAAGUGGAAAGGAAAAGGUGGGCAGUACACCAAGGAUGAUUUCAAAGACUAUGAAAAGGAACGUGAUAAACCUUCAAAAUUUGCUCUAAAAGAGAAGGUGAAACCAAAGCAGGAUGCUAAGUAUGACCUUGUGCUUGAUGAGGAAGAAGAAUCUCAAACAAUUCAGUCACACUUGGCUAAAAAACAGAAGAAGAAAAAGCACUACCACUCUGAAGACGAAGAAGAUGACAAGAGGACCAAAAAAUACAAGGAUUCUGAUCGAAAACAUGAAGGAGAACGCUGUAGAGAGAAGGUGAAGAGUGAGAAGAAAGACAGGCAUCGGAGUCGCAGCCGAUCUCAAGAGAGAAGUUACAGCAAACAUAAAGACAAAUACAGAGAAGAUGUCCGAAUAAGGGACUGGGAUAAAAAGAGAGACAGAAGCAGAAGUCCUAAGAAAUCAAAAGACAAAGAAAGGUCUAAGUACAGAUGAUGGAGGAGCAGGAGAUACGAGGGGACUAAAAUAGUGUUUUCUUCCUGCAUUUACAACAUGCUAUCAUAUGACCGUGCAAAUUCAAAGCAGCUACGGUCUGUCAGCUGUUUGGCCUUACAAUUCUUUGAAUUCCCAGUGUAUGACUUGGAGUAAGGCUUGAUUCCUAAAAGUUUUGUUGUUUUUUUUUUUUUAAUAAAAUGUUUAACAUUAGUGGAAUGAUUUGAGUCUCCAA